AUGACCAAAACAAUUCUUCAUCCUCCUGUCUCAUUCUAUCUGAUCAUCCUUACUUUUCUCUCCUUCCACGGAAGUAAUGGUGCUACAAUCACCCUCGUAAACCGAUGCAGCUUCACUGUGUGGCCGGGAAUUUUGUCUAACUCCGGAAGCGGCAGCAUAGGAAGUACCGGUUUCGAGCUCGUCUCCGGUGGUUCGCGUUCGUUUCAAGCUCCUGCUAGCUGGUCGGGACGGUUUUGGGCUAGAACAGGUUGCAACUUCGCCUCGGAUACGGGCCAAGGCACGUGCUUGACCGGCGACUGCGGCUCUAAUCAAGUCGAGUGUAACGGCAAGGGAGCGAAACCACCAGCUACACUGGCGGAAUUCACUAUCGGGUCAGGCCCCGAGGACCCAACCCGGAAACAAGAUUUCUACGACGUGAGCCUAGUGGACGGGUACAACGUUCCGAUGGUGGUGGAAGCGAGUGGCGGGUCAGAAGGUAGCUGCCUGACAACGGGAUGCGUAACGGAUCUAAACCAAAAAUGCCCAUCGGAGCUCCGGUUCGAAUCCGGGUCAGCAUGCAAGAGCGCAUGCGAGGCGUUUGGAAGUCCAGAGUACUGUUGCAGUGGCGCGUACGCUUCACCCACCGAAUGUAAGCCGUCCAUGUACUCAGAGAUAUUCAAAUCGGCGUGUCCAAGAUCAUAUAGCUACGCGUUCGACGACCCAACAAGUACUUUUACGUGUACUGCUGCAGAUUAUACCAUAACCCUUUGCCCUUCCUUGCCUAGCCAAAAAUCGGAAGCGAAUGGGUGGAGAGAGAGCGGUGGAUUGGCCGAAAGCUCAUCGUCGCCUUUUUCGACGUGGUUAUCCGAUGUCUUCACUUCUGACUCCUCCAAACUUCAAUAUUCCCAUUUUUCCCUAUUCUUUUGUGUUUCUCUUCUUCUGCUUUGGCAAUUUUGA